AUGGAUCAUCCAGAUACUCAUAACAACUGUGGAAAUUUCAUCUUCUUUUGGGAGGAGAAGGGAAACGAGGGUCUCAAUGAUGCUGAGGAGAGGUGUGAGGGUCUUAUCAAAUCUAAGAUCCAGCUUGAGGCCAAGCUCAAAGAGACAACUGAGAGACUGGAGGAUGAAGAGGAAAUCAAUGCUGAGCUGACUGCCAAGAAGAGGAAGCUGGGGGAUGAGUGCUCUGAGCUCAAAAAGGACAUUGAUGAUCUGGAGCUAAUUGAGAAACAUGCCACUGAGAACAAGGUCAAGAACCUAACUGAAGAGAUGGCAUCUCAGGAUGAGUCCCUUGCUAAGCUGACAAAGGAGAAGAAAGCCCUCCAAGAGGCCCACCAGCAGACUCUUGAUGAUCUUCAAACAGAGGAAGACAAAGUUAUCACUCUGACCAAAUCAAAGACUUACAGUAGCUUGAACAGCAAGUGGAUGGUGUAAGUACACAAAUCAAUAUUUGGCAACUUCUCACACUGAAAUUUGACCAUUUACAACAUACCGGUACUCUCCAAGCUCCAUAUAGCUCCAUAUAGACCUUGAGAGAACCAAGAGAAAGCUUGAGGGUGAACUGAAGCUGGCCCAGGAGAUCAUCAUGGAUCUUGAGGAAUCUGGUGGUGCCACUGCUGCUCAAAUUGAGAUGAGCAAAAAGCGUGAGGCUGAGUUCCAGAAGUUGCAUCGUGACAUUGAAGAGUUCACCUUGCAGCAUGAAGCCACUGCUGCAGCUCACCGCAAGAAGCAGGCUGACAGCGUGGCUGAGCUGGGAGAGCAGAUUGACAACCUCCAACGUGUCAAGCAGAAGCUUGAGAAGGAGAAGAG